AUGUCAACAGUUCAGCAAAAGGUAGCCACUUGGAGCUCAAUCGCUUUGCGAAUUGUGACUUAUAUCUUUCUUCGCAUCAUCCCUGGCCAUCCAUGGCCUCCCAUCAUUUACACUCUUUUUGCACUAUACGUCCCCUCCUUCAUUGCCAGCCAUGUAACGCGGAACAUAUAUACCGUGGUAGAAGAUGAUAUCAAAAUCAUCAUUACUGAUACUGCGCACGAGGACCAGCCGCGAACACUUUCAUCGACUGCUACACACUCUCAAGAUAAAUCGGGUUCAAACAAACGAAAGGAUGUGGAGGGAGAAGUUGAGGUUAAGGAGACAGUCAUGAUAGAUGGGGAAUCACCGAGACCAAUACAUACACUUUUAACAGGCGCGCCUGAUCCUGUAUCGACCUUGCUCUCACUUUUGACAUUUUUGAUCAACGUGGGUUUUGUUCUGGCCACAAUUGACCUAGUAUAUUAUGCAAAAGUUUUUCAUCCCAGCACAGAGCUAUCAUUCGCACGAAUGGGCUACAUUGCCCCUACGGAAGCGAAUUUACUCGUUCGAGAGCCAGAUAUCUCUAAGCUUCCCAUAUCCGUCACUUAUCAGCUAGCAACUCCGGCAGCUGCUUACGAAAAUCCGAAGCCACAACUCGCCGGAAUGAUACACACUCUAUCAGAAGACACUGACUUCACUCAAGCUUUGAAGUUCUCAUUGCCAAAUCAUCCUGAGAGGACUUACCAAUGGACCACAUCAAACAACCACACUGGCUUUUUCACUACUCCUCCCAAGCCUGGACAUCUUCCUCAAUCAGGGUCUUUCACAUUUUUUACAUCUAGUUGUAUCAAACCUCGCUUUCCUUACAGACCUUUUGAUCACGCUUUGGCAAUUCCCGGCUUCAAGCAUAUGGCAGAUGUCAUUAAGAAAAUCCCUGGAGGUUCCCAGUUUAUGCUCUUUCUUGGCGACUUUAUUUACAUUGAUGUUCCGAAGAGGUUUGGAGUGACUGUUGAAGAUUACCGCCGCGAGUACAGACAGGUCUAUAGCUCUCCGGAUUGGCCAGCUGUUGGGCAAAAUUUAAGCUGGAUACACGUGCUCGACGAUCAUGAAAUUGCCAAUGAUUGGGAUAAGAAAACAACAGGGAUUUACGAUGCAGCAGCUGAUCCGUGGCAUCAUUAUCAAACAUCCGUCAACCCUCCUCGAGCUCGCCAGGCCGGAACUUAUAAUACACCUAGACAUGGUGCUACGUACUUUGAGUUCACGCAAGGGCCCGCUUCAUUCUUCUUAAUGGACACUAGAACAUACCGAGAUUCUUCUUCUGAUCUUCCUGCCAACAGCAGUGAGAAGUCCAUGCUUGGUGCACAACAACUUGCUGAUCUUCUUGAAUUUCUUAAGAAACCUGAGCCAAAAGGUGUCAAGUGGAAGAUCGUAGCAUCUAGCAUUCCAUUCACGAAAAAUUGGCGGGUCAAUAGUAUGGAUACUUGGGCUGGUUACCUUUCCGAGCGCCAGAUAAUCCUCGAGGCCAUGUGGGAUAUUGGCCUCCGUGGAGGCUGUGGGGUUGUGGUUAUCAGUGGAGAUAGACAUGAAUUUGCCGCAACCGCCUUUCCGCCUCCCUCGAAUGGUCGUUGGCCAAUCAGCGCAACCGUAAAUGAGUUUUCUACGAGUCCUCUCAGUGGUAAUUCAAAAUUGGGAGCUAUCACAAUUGAAAAUACAGCCAGCGACCAAAGCACUCUAAAAUUUCGUCUCUAUGUUGAUGGCCAAGAGGUUUGGUCUUCCGUCCUCCUCUCACCACCAGCCAUUUCUGGAGGUCGGUGGACUAAGGAAGCUCUUUGGGGAUGA